AUGGUGACAUUGGGAAGAAGUUACUUCUGGGAAGAAUUUUCCGAAAACGUACUACUCCUAAUGACGCUAAUUAAAAUAACAACGUGCUGGAAAAACAGACAAGCAUUAGGACGUUUGCUUGUCGAAAUACAGAAUAAUUUCAUCGUCGACAAAUACAAUACAUUCGAGAAGAGAUUCAUUUUUAUCAAAUAUACCAAAAUGGCGAAAUAUUAUGUUUUAAUAGCAGUUACCACGAUGACAAUUAGCACUAGUUUUUAUUACAUCAACGCAUUGUUGCCAAAUGUAAAAAUGGUAAUAAGCAAUUCGUCAUCGAGUUACGAACUACCGUUGAAAACACGAACCAUGGUCGAUAUACGCGACAUUAGGGUCUAUAUUUUUCUCUGUAUUUAUCAGAUGUUGGUAGUACCAAGUAUUGUACUAGGUUUCGUCGGAUUUGAUUGUUUGUUCGCCAAUCUUGCAUUUCAUAUUACCGCACAAUUUGGAAUUCUCAGUUCUAUGCUCAAAGAAAUUCUCGACGACUCUAACACUUUUCAAUAUAAUAUAAGGGAACUUUUACUUCGACAUUACGAAUUGAUAAGACAAGCGAAAACUUUGGAAGAUAAUUUUAAUGUAAUAAUAUUGCAACAAUUAAUGGGAACAACGUUUCAACUUUGUACAUCCGCUUACAAUACAAUCUUGGACUCUGUAAGCAAAGAAACAUUAACGUUAAUCAUAUUCUGCUUUUAUGCUUUGAGCACAUUGAGUACAUUGUUUCUUUAUUGUUACAUCGGCGAGUGUCUUAUUCAAGAAAGUUUGAGCCUGAGCAACGCAAUUUAUCGUUACGAGUGGUAUAACAAGUCACCAAUGAACUUAAAGAUGGUAAUAAUUUGUAUGUUGCGAAUGAAAAGACCAGAACAAUUAACUUCCGGUAAAUUUUUCGUCCUAUCAUUGGCCUCUUUUACUGAUAUUCUCAAAACUACGAUGGGAUAUCUGUCACUACUGCGAACACUUCUAUGA